CACGGGUGGCUUAAACUUGUACAUAAAUAUAUCAGUUUACCGUGGUGAUGGUACCGUUGCCAUAACGCACGGGGGUAUUGAGAUGGGUCAAGGAAUAAAUACCAAAGCAGUGCAAGUCGCAGCCUAUUUGUUGAAUAUUCCUAUGGACAAAAUUCAGAUUAAAGAAAACAAUACUAUGAUUGCUCCCAACUGUUAUGUGUCGGGAGGAAGUCUUGUAAACUUCAAUGUAGUUGUGGGGGUUAGACGUGCUUGUGAGGAACUCCUAGCUAAACUUCAACCUAUAAGGGACCAGAUGGAUAAUCCUACUUGGGAAGAGCUUAUAACAGAAGCGUAUGCACAAAAUGUAGAAUUGCAAGCUCGUGGAUUUACUAAAAAUACGGAAGAAUAUCCAUUUCCAGCUUAUGGAGUAACAGUAUCUGAAGUAGAAAUAGAUGUGUUGACUGGAGAGUUGGAGAUAGUGCGGGUUGAUCUUAUUGAAGAUGUCGGUCUAAGUAUUAGUCCUGAAGUAGACGUGGGACAGGUAGAAGGUGCUUUUAUGAUGGGUCUAGGAUACUGGACGUGUGAGAACCUGAUGUAUGGGAAAAAUGGAGAGCUCCUGACCGAUAGAACCUGGAACUACCAUGUACCUUUAUGCAGAGAUAUUCCUCAGGACUUGAGGGUUUAUUUCAGAAAGAACUCUUAUACCGAAGAUGCCAUAUUUGGUUCUAAAUGUAUCGGUGAACCACCGAUAUGCAUGUCCAUCGUCAUAGCCUUCGCUAUAAGAGAAGCCAUCGUGGCUGCCAGGCAAGAGUCGGGCAUUUCUCCACAAGAAUGGUUCCAAGAAAAUGGACCUUACACGGUCGCCAGGAACUGCCUGUUGGCGUCGACAAAAGUUGAGGAUUUCAAAUUUUAUUAAAUUGUUUUUGUUGUCACCUUUCAAAUCAAGCCUUUUAUUGGAAUCUGUUAAAGAAAUCUAUUGAUAUCCUGUAUUUAGAAAUGCAAAUAGAUCAGUGACAAAUAAUUAAAAUCAAUGUAAUUUACCUCUAUGUUCAGGCGUAAUCAUUUGCAGUGUGUAUAUUUUUGUCAUAAUUUAAAAGCGAUUUAUAAUAAAAGGUCAUAUUU